CCAGCUCCCCGGUUCGUGGUCUCGUUAAGCGCGACGAGAAGCCUGUUCGACUCGGAAUCCUCCGGCGAAUGCCCCCGCCCUCCCUUCCCUGACCGGAGAGCUCCGCGGAGGCUCUUCCGGGGGCACCCACCGCCAUGUUUGACACGGUGGUGUCGACCCCCUUUGCGAGCGGGGUUCCCUCUCUUGCCAGCAGCAGCGGCAGCGGCAACGGCAAGAGCCACGCCACAAGAACCCCCGGAUUCCCGUACGCAUCGGUCCUCGACGACCUGUGCGAAAGGGUCGAAACCUCCGGCUUUUACACCCCGAAAUCCUCCCCGUGGUUCCUCCGGGGCGUCCUGGAGAAGCACCGCGACAGGGACAGGGAGCAAAUGGGCAGAAGCGGCCCCGACCGGUUCUUGACCAGGGGCCUGACCGAUGCCAUGGUGGAUCGCCUCCUGGAGGGGGACGGUCGCGGAGGACCCUUGGAACCGCAGGGGGAACCGCAGGGGGACCCGUGCCUGGUGGUGGCAAGGUCCCUGGUGGGGGCGGAUCCCUCCGGGUACCUCCCGGCGAUGGCGGCGAGCCUGUCCGACAAGGUCGGCGGCGCAGCAGCAGCAGCAGCAGCAGCAACAACAACCUCCCAAACCCCAAGCACAACCAAGGUCGAAGCCGCAAUCCACCCUCCGGCAAUUCCACCGGGAAUGCUCCGGUGGUGGAUCUCCCUCGUCGCCGACCCUUCSACGCCCCUGGAGAUCCACGACCGGUUGUCCGAUGCCCUGCUGGGCGUUGUUCUGGGCCACCGUGCCGGUUGCCGCACGCAGCAGCAGCAACAGCAGCAACAAGAGCAACAAAACCAAUCACAGCAGCAACAAAACCAAUCACAGCAGCAACGAAACCAAUCACAGCAGCAACGAAACCAAUCACAACAACAACAACAACAACAACAACAACAACCGCUGCCAGACAGCGAACCAGACCACAACCCUGGCGGAUGCGAUCCUCCCUGUCGGCUCGCGGCAGACACCCUGGCCUGCCUGAUCUCUGCCGAAAGGGACCCGUGGGACCACCCACGGACCCUGGUGCCAAAGCGAGACCCGCCUCCCUCGUCCGUGUUCGAUGCCCUGGUGCGCCGCGCCUCGUUCGGGAUCCGGUUCCUCUCGCGCUGCGGCACCCUGGCCGAUCGCGGAAAGGGUGCCGCCAGCGGCACCACGAAAGAGACCUUAGGGCGGGAGGGACUCCCCGUUGUGGUUCGAUCGUCCGGUGCCGUGGAGUGGCUCGCCGAGGUCCUGGACACGGGGUUUGGGGGAGUCCUUUCUCUAGAAGCACGGCGGUUCGAAACCAAGCGGAGGCAGCAUCAGCAGCAGCCACCACCACGACCGCAAAAGGGCGACGGGGACGCCAUUCGUGUCCAACAUCGCUUUCGCUUGCUGGACGUGCUGCUGGAGGAAUGCGGCUUGCACCGGGAAGCGGGAAGCGGCCCGUUCUUCCUGGAAGCCCUCGCCGGCGAGGACAAGCGGGCCUUCUCGGGCUUUGUCGCGGAGACCUCCCGCUGCCUGGUGGAAAAGUGGAGGCGCCACCUCCUCUCCCCCCACCAAGAAAAGGGCGGAAGGUGGGGUCCUUCCGCAUCGCCGAGCAACGAGAUCGGGCCCGGAAAGGGGGCCCUCUUCUGCGCGGCCCGCUUUCUCCGCGUCCUCUCCCGGCUGCUCCCCCUGCUUUCGCAAGAGCCCUCGAGGUGUGUUGCCGGGGGAAGGGAUUCCCCGCUGGUCUCUUCUUGCGAAACGAUGGACGAGGCCACCUUUAGGGACGGGAAAGCCCUCUUUGCCCGCAUGCUCGGCGACGAAGAAACCCCGCUCCAGCAGCUGAAGCUGGUCCGGCUCCUGGUGGACGAGUUCUACAACGCCCGAAGCAAAGCGGACACCUUCCGAGCGUCCCCCUCCAUUCUGGGGUGGCUCUCCUCCCCCGCAAUGCUCGGGCCGGUCCUCCGCCAGUGCGAGGAGGACCCCUUCCUGCUCCGGUCGGACGCCGCCCGCUGGUACGUCGGCGCCUACGGCRGGGAGAAACCAGGGGCAAGGGGGUCCCUCCGCACCAGGCCCCUCCGGGCCGCCCCGGACUGCCUCCCAGCGGGCACGGAAGGGCACCGAGGGAGGCAGCCUUGGGAAGCGCGCACAACCUUGCGGUCCCCGCUGGUCCUGAUGCGCAACCUGGGAGCGGCGUGGGACCGAAGGGGCACUUGCCCGGGCAAUGGGGGGACGCUUCCCGAACAGCGCGAGAACUACGAGCUCUUUGGGGGGGACGACGACGAAACGACCGGGAGCGGCGGGGAAGGGUCCCGGUGGGAACCGUGCUACCAGGCCGCGGACUAACCAACUACUAACUACUGUACUAACAAACAAACAAACAAACA